UUCAUCAGUAGCGGAAGGUUGUGUCGAGCGUGUUUUCGUUUUUCGUCUCGCCCCGUCGCCUUGCCCCGUAUCGUUGUUGGGCGCAUUGGUUGUUCUAUUGUUUGUGUUUUGUUAUGUUCUGCAAACGGCGACGCGAAUUGUGAUGUGUUUUUACUACAUUCGAAGAAAUUAAAAAAAAAACAACGAAGUUGAUGUAGUGGUUCUUUACUAAGCCAGCAUUAUUUCCACGUUAUAUUAUUUAUAGUAUUGUGUGUUCUUCUUCUUUCCUCACUUACUAAUUUCCUCCAAUGUUGUACAAAAAAUAUGGAAACAACAAAUGCCAGUAUACAUACAACGACAUCUAUAAUACAGAAAAAAAGAUAAAUAAAAUGCUGAGAGCAACAAGCGUCAUAUCUAGAUAUAAUAAUUGUAUAUAAUAGAUGGAUGUUAAAUAUUCGCUGCCGAUCGACCGACGUUUAUCUUUAUAUAUAGCAAAAAACAACAACAAAAAUCUCUCGAAACUGACACAAACGCAAAUCGCAGAUUACAAACGCCUUGCAAUUAGUACCUAGCAAUCAUAAGAAUAACUAAGUUACAAAACUUAAAAAAUAAAGAAAAACGAAGCAAGAUUUCUAAGAUUUUUUGUGAUAAAAAGCCAUUUCAGUGCUAUCUACCUACUUUAGUAUAUUUAUUUAUAUACACAAAAGAAAAAGCUUAAAAAUUUUAUACAUAGGUAGUUCAUAGAUUUCCUACAAUUAUAAGCUUCACGUUAAACAAUGACAGUAACAUACACUGCUGAAGUUGCUACAUGCCGUGGAUUUGGUUGUUUUCUCAAAUUACUGCUCAGGUGGCGUGGUAGUAUUUAUAAACUAGUAUGGUUAGACCUGCUGGCCUUCCUUUUUCUCUAUUACCUGCUAAGUUUAGUUUAUCGAUAUGCACUAAAUGACCAGCAAAGAGUGACAUUCGAAAUUAUAGUACAGUAUUGCUACAAUUAUAGUGAUCUCAUCCCAUUGUCCUUUGUGUUGGGUUUCUAUGUAUCCAUUGUCAUGACAAGAUGGUGGAAUCAAUACACAAGUAUACCCUGGCCAGAUCCCAUUGCGGUGUUUGUCAGUGCCAAUAUACAUGGACAGGAUGAGCGAGGUCGUAUGGUACGUCGUACCAUAAUGCGUUAUGUUUGCCUUUGCCUAACCAUGGUCAUGACCAAUAUAUCGCCUCGUGUAAAGAAGCGUUUUCCCAAUUUAUCGAAUUUUGUGGAGGCUGGUCUUUUGAAUGAGAACGAAAAGGAUAUUAUCGAAAGCAUGAAUAAGGGAUUCCCGCGGCACUCCAAGCAUUGGUUGCCCAUUGUGUGGGCCGCAAGUAUAGUCACAAGGGCCCGCAAAGAGGGUCGUAUACGAGAUGAUUUUGCUGUGAAGACCAUCAUAGAUGAGUUGAAUAAAUUUCGUGGUCAGUGUGGUCUGCUGAUAUCCUAUGAUACCAUAAGUGUUCCUUUGGUUUAUACCCAAGUGGUUACCUUGGCGGUAUACUCAUAUUUUUUGUGUUCCGUUAUGGGCCAACAAUGGACAGACAAUAAAGUGGUGGCCAACACCAAUGCUCCCAAUAAGGUUGAUUUAUAUUUCCCCGUAUUUACCACGCUACAAUUCUUUUUCUACAUGGGAUGGCUGAAAGUGGCCGAAUCUUUGAUAAAUCCCUUUGGCGAGGAUGAUGAUGAUUUUGAGGUAAAUUGGAUGGUGGAUCGUAAUUUGCAAGUUUCCUAUUUGAUUGUUGAUGAAAUGCAUCAUGAACAUCCGGAAUUGCUUAAGGAUCAAUACUGGGAUGAGGUGUUCCCCAAUGAACUGCCCUAUACCAUAGCCUCAGAACGCUUCCGCGAAGAGCAUCCCGAACCCUCAACAGCCAAAAUUGAAGUCUCCAAGAAUGCUGCCAUGCCCACAGUUAUGUCAAGUGUGCGCAUUGAUGAUAUGGUUGGUAAUCAAAUAAAUUCGAAUUCUGGUUCCCCAACUGUGCAGGCAGUUAGCUAUAAAUUCCCCGAUCAAGAAGAGGAGGCUGAUGAUGCCAGUGGCAUACAUUUUACAGCAGGAAAUGGCAAGACGAGACCUGGUUCUUCACCCAGCUUGGUUAGUCUUAGUGGAACUUUGUCUCGCGUCAACACUGUAGCUUCAGCUCUUAAACGUUUCCUCAGCCGAGAUGAUAGCCGACCGGGUUCCGUUACACCCAACGAUGACACACAAAAAUACAAAUUCCCUGGCAGUGCAAGUUCAGCCAGUCUGGCACCCAAUGCCAACAAACCGGCCGGCAGCAUGCGUAUUACAGAUCAAGUGAUCGAAGAAGUCGACGAACAGGCAACCAUAACCUCGCAUCGCGGCACAGAUCAUAAUCGACCCAAUGUGCGUGAUAUUUUCUAUCAGGGAGGGCCCGAUGGCCCCGGCCAUUCUGAGCCCAUGGACAUUCCUUCGAAAAAUAAAAUCUACAUGCGCACACAAUCCUCGGGAGAGCCUCAUCUAUUUCCACCAGGCGGUGUGGAGGCUCUGUUAAGUACAUCGGCGCCCACAGCAGAUAGUCCCAGUAUGGCCCGCACCGUCCCAAGUUCACCGGUGGGUGAAAGCUCAAAAUCAUUGCAUGAUCAAUUGCAACGUGAUCAAAGAGAACGCGGCAGCCGUGAAACAGAUAUCAUGACCUGCGAUAAACACUUUUCAAUAUUUCCCCAAGCACAAUUGAUAGGACGUAACGAUGGUGCUGUACCCCAGUUCAGGUGGUUUUUAUCUACGGGUACGAAAUCUCUUGUUUUCUCAAAUAGGAAAACAACAUUUCUAACAGUUGAGGAUAUGGAGAUGAGGUCUACUACGGAUCUGAUUGCAGCAGCCGAUGCUAAUGAGGAAACCGAUGACUUUGAAAAAUUAAAAGCCGAACGAGAAAAGGAACGGCACGAAAGGCAAAAGCAAAAAUUAGCUCGUACUAUAAGUACUGCUCCGGGAGGUACAGAAAUUGUACCAGUUGUAGCUGCUGCCAUAAUACCACCACCACAAGCGGCAGCAGCAGCGCCAGUUGCACCCUCUACCCAGGCAACGACAGCAGCCAGUAAUGCCGGCACACCAGUGUCGACAAUGCCUCCAAGUAGUUCUGUCAUCGAUUUGAUGUCGAUUACUGAACCAGUUCAAAACUCAACGACGAAUACCAAUGAAGAUGAAGAGAAUCGCGAAUGACACACGUUCAUUUGAGAGUGGUUGGAUGCCGGUGAUAAUUAUUAAGCUAC